AUGAAUAAUAAUACACAACAACAACAACAACAACAGCAGCAACAACAGCAACAAUAUAAUAAUGAAAAUAAUGAAACGUCAUAUGGAGAAGCAAGAGUAAAUGAGCAACCGCAAUAUAUCUAUCAAAUGAAUAAUCCAUAUAAUCCUGCCCCUUCAAUACCUGUAAAGUUAUUCGUUAGUUCUAUCCCCAAAAAUUUAACAGAAGAUGAUAUAAAAUUAAUUUUUGAAGAAUAUGGAGCAACAAAAGAUGUUGUUUUUAUCAAAGAUAAAAAGCCAAAUGCAAAUAGAGCAAAUGUGUUUGUUCGAAUGGAAUCAAUAUAUUAUGCUCAAAAGGCUAUAGAAGAUUUACAUGGAAAAAAAAUAAUAUGCGAAACAUUAGGCCCAUUAAUAGUUAAGUUUGCUAUAGGCGAAUUAGAAAAAUAUGGUAUUAAUAUGAAUAAUGCUAAUGAAAAUGAAGCAAAAUUAUUUGUAGGCUCAUUACCUAAAGAUAUAACAGAUGAUCAAAUAAGAAACAUAUUUAACCGAUAUGGUAAUGUUAAAGAAGUAUAUAUUAUGAAAAAUAGUAACGGGGUAAGUAAAAGGUGUGCUUUUGUUAAUUAUGAUUAUAAAGAGCAAGGAAUUUUUGCUGUACAAAAUUUAAACGGAAAAAUAGCUAUUGAAAAUGCAGAGAAACCGAUAGAAGUUAGAUUCGCGCAAUCAAAAAAUCAGUUACAAGAAAGGCAAUUACUAAAUAGGGCUUUAAUGAAUCCUUUACAGAUGAACAAUAAUAAUAUAGACAAUAAUAAUAACAAUGGAAAUGGUAUUAAUAAUAAUAGCAAUGGCAACAGUAACAAAGGCAAUAAUAAUCCAUAUAUGAAAUCACAACAUUUUAAAAAUAUGAAUAUAAAUUCAUUUAAUAGAUAUCCAAUGCAUAUGAAUUAUAAUUUGCAAAAUAAUUCAAACCAACAAAGAAAUAAUAAUAAUUCUAUACGAUCACCAUGGAAACAAUAUUUUUCAAAAGAAGACGGAAGACCAUAUUAUCAUAAUGAAUUAACGGGUCAAACACAAUGGCAUAAACCUAGAAAAAUGGAUCAAGAUUUUAUUAAUCCAUUAAAUAUGAAUGAAGUUUCAGGUCCUGUAGGGGCAAAUAUUUUUAUUUUUCAUAUACCAAAUGAGUGGAUUCAAAAUGAUUUAUUAGCUGCAUUUUCACCUUUUGGUAAUAUUAUUUCUGCAUAUAUUGCUACUGAAAAAGAUACAGGAAGAAAUAGGGGAUUCGCUUUUGUUUCAUAUGACAAUGUAGAUAGUGCAAUUAAUGCUGUAAAAUAUAUGAAUGGAUUUUUAGCACAUAAAAAGAAAUUAAAAGUUACAAUAAAAAAGGGAGAAGAACAAUAUGUACAAGCAUUGAUAAAUCAAAGAAAUCAACUAAACAAUACGGAUAAUAGAAGAAAUUUUAUUACAACACCUCAGAAUGCCUAA